AUGGCAUCAGUCGUCUUCCAGCUGCCAGAUGAGACGAUUUUGGCCCCCCUUCUCCGUCAAUUUCCUGGCAGAGACUGCCAGAUACGCGCACUUGCCGCCUUACUUCACACGGAUGCCGCGCCAUGUCGGAACCUUGUCAUACACGGCUCAGAAGCAACGGGGAAGUCCAGCGUUAUAAGGCAGCUACUCACACAGCUGUCAGAAAACAACGGAAUAGCGAACGGCCGGGCUGCUGAUCUCGUCCACGCAACGGUUAACGUUGCUCGAUGUAUAUCUGGACGCCAUUUCUUUGAGAGCAUCAUUGCCGCUGUGACCGAUGCACUGAGGGCACGAUACGGCCCUGAGGGUGUCGUCGUUUCGUCCCAGCGGUGUGAGACGUUGGCGCAGCUUGCUGCAUCUCUAAACUCCGUAUUCGACGAACCUCAAUUGAAUAAUGGAUUGACCCAUUUUGUCUUGGUAUUAGAUGGGAUGGACAGACAAAGGGACCCCCCGCCAACACUGAUGCCAGCAUUGGCGAGGCUGUGCGAAACUAUUUCGUGCCUCACCUGCGUUUUCAUCGUUACCACACCGCCAGCAGGGUUUCUUCGAGCUUGUCCAACUCCGCAUCUUUACUUCCCACCCUAUACAAAGUCUGAGUUAGUUGAGAUACUGUCGCUGGAGCCUCCUCCCCCUAUCCCGACGACAAGAGAUUCAGAAACGGAAAACGACACGCAGGAUGAAGCCGCAGGUCCAGAAGAAGUGGCCAAUCUGUGGACCAAGUUCUGCGCAGCGGUUCAUGAUUCUCUCACGCAAGCGGCCGGGCGGUCGUUGCCUGCUUUCAGAAACAGCUGCUACACUCUGUGGCCUCGUUUUGUGGCGCCCAUUGUUGCGGGAACAUACACUCCUCAGCAGUUCUCCAAGCUUCUCAUCGCCGCGAGGCCUUCUUUCCAGGACGAGGCGUUAAUCAAUCCCAAACUUGUCUCGACUCCUGCUUUGGCGUCGACAGCUCUGACUUCACAUCCUUCGCAACCUCCGACAGGAUUAACUGGCUUGCUCCCGACUACCGCUAAGAUGCUUCUGCUCUCAUCAUAUCUCGCAUCACACAAUACUGUCCGGCACGACUUGAGCCUAUUCUCUACUUCCUAUCAUGGUCGUAAACGUCGACGUCCCGGGCCCAACUCAAAUCGAGCCAACAAUCGCAAUAAACAGCGCAAGAUCCCCCGUAAACUUCUCGGAGCGCAUGCAUUUCUCUUGGAACGCCUGUUAGCGAUCUUCGAGGCUGUCAGAACAGAGUGGGCCGACUCAGCAGGCCCUUUAUCCGGACUUGAUGGUGACAUUGGUAUGGCUUUGGCCACUUUAUCAAGUCUCAAACUUCUUAUACGAAUUGGAACGGGAGACAUAAUGGAUAGGUCUGGUAAGUGGAGGAUCAAUAUCGGGUGGGAAAUCAUGCGCGGAAUAAGCAGGAGCAUAGGAGUGAAUAUUGAGGAGUGGCUUGUAGAGUAA